AUGUAUGGAAGGCCGUGUCGAACACCUUUGUGUUGGACGGAAGUAGGGGAGAGAACAAGUUUCAAUCAUAAGUUGAUCGAUGAGACGACGGAAAAGAUUAAGUUCAUACAGGAGAGUAUGAAAAAGGCGCAGGACCGCCAGAAGAAGUACGCGGACCGUAAAAGGCGGGAAGUGGAAUUUGAAGUCGGGGAUAUGGUAUACUUGAAGGUGGCACCACAAAAAGGAAAGGAUCGCUUUGGUAAAGUGGGAAAGCUUGCGGUAAGGUUUAUCGGACCAUACCGGAUCGAGAAGAGAGUUGGAGAAGUGGCCUAUCGGCUAUCUAUGCCCGAAGUUAUGCGAAUGCAUAAAGUCUUCCAUAUUUCACAACUACGGAAGCAUGUACCAGAUCCUAACAUGAUUGUGCCCGAACCUAUUGAGGAAUUGGAGCCGAACCUCACAUAUCCCGAAGGACCGUUUGGGAUAGGGCAGAGGAGGACUCGGAAGUUGAAAAAUAGGAGUAUUCCUCAAAUCCAAGUAUUUUGGGGAAAGCAGAACCGUAAAGUUAUCACAUGGGAAGAUGAGGAUAGGAUUCGAGCCAAGUAUCCUCAAUUGUUAGCCGAGGAAGAUGAGGCAGGACCAUCGGAACCCUAUGGAAUUCGGGACGAAUUCUAUUAA